UAUUGACAACUUCAGUUAUGGUUCUUUCGAAAGGUGGCAUAAAUAUAUAACACUAUGUUUUAUUUGUGUAUAAUUGUGCAUUUUGUGCAUUUGGUUAUUUUUGUGAAUACACUGACAACUGAAGCACCACGCGCCUGUAAUGUAAUCACAACGAAACUAAUUCUGAUUAAUGGGACUAACUACAAAUGCCCACACACCGACACGAUACACUUGACCGAAAAUGAUACAGUUUCAGUGGAAAUGACACACUGGAGGUUUAUCAACCAGGUUCUUGUGACAAUACCGUCGAGAAACGAAUUCGUGUUGAAAGACAGCAGUCAAAACUCUUAUAAAAAAUAUUACAACUUCACAGUAUCACCAACACAUACUGGAAAGUGGAUUUUCAACACAUUGACCGGUAAGGAUGCGUCGAUAGUGUCUUCGGAAUCACACGAAAAGUACCCAAAAGGCACAAACAUAACUUACUAUAGUUAUAAAUGUGAAUUUAACGUCAAAGUCUCAAAACUCUCAGUCUCUGACAAAUUUAGUGAUAACUUGAUUCUGUACAUUCUUAUUGGUGUAGCUGUGUUGGCUCUGAUCAUUGUCAUUCAGACAGGGGUCAUCUGUUACAUACUCAAAGCAAAAAAAACACGGCGGAUUGAAAAUAUGGCAUUAAUUAACAAACCACGUGGAAGUGACACAGUCCGCUACAGCACCACGCCGAGCCGGAAGCUUUCCUUGAAAGCUCCAAGCACUGAGGAAAUAUAUGAAACAUUGGACAUUGUACAAGGUACAGACGCUCCCCCGCCGCCGCCGAUAGACACUUUACCAAAAGAAAGAAUAAAACGCCGCUCGCCUAUGCCAUUGCCAGAUGAAAAUGACGGUGCUCAGAAUCAACCUGUCAACAAAAACGAGACGGAACCAUUAACCAGGACAGAGUCUAACUUUUCAGUGCACAUGCGAUCGGGUAAAGUGAAGAUUCCAGCAUUCUGUGCACCCUCGUCCGCGGCCACUGUCGCACCUGAAAAAGUUGCCAAAUCCAUAAGAAAACCUUCUACUAUCAAUCAAGAUGCUAUAUCGAAUGAACUAAACAACAUACUUAAACGACGCGCAGACACAAUGGCAGGACCAAAUCAAAAAACACCGGUGGCGACACCGAAACAAAUACCGGAGACAAAACCAAAGAAGGGAAUAUUCCAGGCAUUAAAACCGCCACCUUUGCAUAAACCCACAAUACCCGUAACACCAGCAAAGCCUCAUUCAGUAUUACCACGGCCUCGACCCACGCAGAAACCGAACUCGCCCUCGGAUAAAACACCCAACUGCGUCAAGCCACCCACCCAACCACUACCCCCACUCCCAACACAAUCUCCUCGUCCGACACCAGCAAUGUCUGAACAUGUGGAUUCUCCGCAAAGACCAGUGUUCAAACCCGCACCUAUUCCACUAGAAGAUGAUCCUGAAUAUAUGGAAGGGCCGGAAUACGCAGAUUACAACGAGAAUUAUGACGACGAUUCAGCUGACGAGUGGACAUACGAACCCUUGGACCCACCAUCGAAAUAUGAUUAUAACAUUUACUCCACUUAGACACUAAUAAUAAUAUUAUAAACUAGAUGUUGCCCGGGGCUUCGCUCCCGUGGGAAUUUUGAGAUAAAAUAUAGCCUAUAGCAAUCUUGGACAAUGUACCUUUCUAAUGGUGAAAGAAUGUUUGAAAAAAUCGGUUCAGUAAUUCCGGAGAUUACCCACCUCAAACAUACAAACUCACGAACGCUUAGCUCUUUAUAAUAACAGUAUAGGUAGAUGAGAAUGUGUCUUAGUUUUUAUGUCUUUCACGUCACAACGGAGUAUUGGAUUGUGGUGUUUGGUGUGGAGAUAGUUGGAGAGCUGGAGCCGCGGGCGACAGCUAGUCGUUCUAUACCUAAUCAUAGUUUUUACUUAGAUAUUCAAUUUUUUUUUUAUAUUCAUAUUCUGGGAUGGUUUACACACACAUAUAAAACCUUAAAUUUCGUCUGUGAUUUUCGCGCAUAAUGAUCAAUUUUGGCGUUCUUGAUCUCAGGAGCAACAAUUUCUAAGAAAUAACAAUUUUGGCAUAAUUCAUAGCGUGGAAUAGCUAUUAGCAUAGUUCGUAGCGGCCUCGCUUUUUGUUAAUUUUGCUUAACUUUUUAAUUAAAGCCAACAUUGCAGAGAAAGAUUUUCAUAAAAUGGGCGAAGGCACUUUUCUGAGCUCCUAAUAAUUGAACUACUGUUCUAAACAAAUGAAAAAAAUAUAUAGAAUGAUAUCCUUAUAUAGUCGUAUAGUUUGUAGCGGCCUUUGAAUUUUUGGAAAUAAUUGAUUUAAUAUAGAAAAAAAAAAUCUUAAUCUAAACCAAAAAGCUUCGAAGAUCGCUGCGUGAAUUUCUCUUAUCUACGAUAAUAUUAUUGAGAAAAAUUUAUACAAGAAUAAUUGUUACUUCAUGAAGGAUAACGAUUAAAUAAUUUUAAAGCA